GGGAUGGCUCUUGGUAGGUGCAGCAGGUGCAUAGGUGCGGCAGGUGCCUCCAACAAGGCUGCAAGCUGUACGCGUGCGUUAGAGCUACCUAGAAAGCUCCAACAUCCAGCGACAUCACCAUUCACCACCACCAUAACCCGCCAGCCAUCAUCGACUUAUCUGCAACACCACUGGCAGCAUCCAACCGCUGUGCGAUAAUACUCAGAAUCUCCGAAGCCCGAAAUAAUACGCAGCCGAAAGCGAGAGGCCUUCCAACUCUGUCACCAUGGCCAUGUUCAGCCAGAACCCCGUCCUCAACGGACCCAACUACUCGUUUGCCGAAGUCCCCAAAGAUACUGUCGAUGGUCUUCGGGAACACCGCUUCAACCCAUAUACCGAUAACGGUGGUUCGACACUUGCCAUUGCUGGUGCCGACUUCGCUAUCAUAGCCGGCGACACCCGUCUAACAUCAGGGUACAGCAUCAACACACGAUACGCACCAAAGGUGUUCAAGAUUGGAGGCUCUACAUCAUCACAGGAUGACGCCAACAUCCUGCUGUCGGUAGUGGGCUUCGCUGCAGACGGCGAGGCCUUGAAGGAGAGGCUAGAUGCCGUCUGUAAGAUGUACCGGUACCGACACGGAAAGCCUAUGAGUGUCUCGGCAUGCGCAAAGCGGCUCUCCACCAUCCUUUACUCAAAACGCUUCUUCCCAUACUAUGUCCACGCCAUCCUCGGCGGUAUCGAUGAGGAUGGCACGGGUGCCGUCUACUCAUACGACCCCGUUGGCAGCUAUGAGCGUGAGCAGUGCCGUGCUGGCGGAGCAGCUGCUUCCCUUAUUAUGCCCUUCCUUGACAACCAAGUCAACUUUAAGAACCAGUACAUCCCUGGCAGUGGUAUCGGCCAUGAACUGCAGGAGCGUGAACGUGUACCUCUACCCCGCGAUGAGGUCGAGGUGCUUGUCAAGGAUGCCUUUGAUUCGGCUGUGGAACGACACAUCGAGGUUGGUGAUGGUUUGCAAAUGAUGAUUAUUACCAAAGACGGUAUCGAGGAGAGACUUUUGCCAUUGAAGAGGGAUUAAGCGAUUAUGGCGGACUGCGUUAGCAAGACUUGGUUGGUCGCACGGGGUAAGGUCAUGCGUACUAUAUCGAAGUAUGC